GGAAGCCCUGGAAGGAGUUAAUCCUGGCUGUGCUCCUCGGCCCAUCGGCCUCAUCUGCAUUCUCCAGGCGGCGACGGGUGAAUCACGCUGCGAUCCUAAAUGAUCAGUGUCCGCCCACUCCCCGUCUUCCCUGAAGCCGCGUGCAGUGCUGAGCGGCUGUUGUUUUUCGCUUUCUUUCCCGCAGUAAAAUGAAGCCGUGGAGGAUGCGGGAGGAGGGGCGAUCAGUACAGACGGCACAGGACGCGUCCACGCGUCUCCAGCGCAAAUGGCCUCCUCUGUCUUACAGAUAAUGCGGCUCCCGGACGGGCUGCAGGCCGAAGUCACGGAGAACGGCGAGAACUUCUCCGUCGGGGAGCGGCAGCUGCUCUGCAUGGCCCGGGCCCUGCUCCGCGACUCCAAAAUCAUUCUCCUAGAUGAGGCCACCGCCUCCAUGGACUCCAAGACCGACAGCCUUGUGCAGAACACCAUCAAAGACGCCUUCAGAGACUGCACGGUGCUGACCAUUGCCCACCGCCUCAACACGGUCCUCAACUGCGACCUCGUCCUGGUCAUGGAAAAAGGGAAGGUGGUCGAGUUCGACAAGCCCGAAGUCCUUGCUGAGAAGCCAGGUUCUGCGUUCGCAAUGCUCCUCGCAGCGGAGAACAAAGUCCGAGCAUAAAGGGCCCAGUGGGCUGAGAGGAGGAGGAGGACUUGGUUGGGCCUGCGGGAGGAGGGCCCUCAUCCCCACAGGCAGCCCUGGCCACGGCCCGCCCACCCCGACACAGGCCGAGCUGAGCAGAGGUCCACGCCUCCUGACCUCACUGGGCAGCCUGGGCUGGUUGGGUGGUGAACAGAGGUAGACGAAGCUAGAGGGUUAACAACUGCCCCUCACACCCUGAAUCCCCAAGGGCCCCUCACUGUCCUCACCAACACCACCUCCGUGCCUGAAAAAUAGCCACUUUCAGUUAAAAACUGGUCAAAGUAAACAGAACGGGCAAAUUCCUGGGAGGGAGUGUGUAACGGUUCCUGCCUUGCUGUCAGGAGGGGAAAGAGCCGCGUUUCCUCCCGUUUGACUUCUAUCCACGCAUACCUGAGUGUGAGAUGCGCAGUGACCACGCGGUCUGUAGCACGAAAGACGGAUUACAGUGUUUAGCAAAAAACCUUUAAAAAAAAUCAUAUUGCGUGUGCCAUUUGAUCCAUGACAAUAACCAGGAGAACAAGAUGCUAGAGUUCCUCUAUAAAUGACAUUUUUAUAUCUUCUCUGUCGGUCAUUAAAAUGCGGGAGGAAAUGAACCCACCCCGAAAUGCCACCUUGCAAUUAUUUCCCUGCCGGUUCCGGCGUCUGCAGCCCUGCCUCUCACAGGCCCUUGCUUUCUCCACGGGCUCCGCAGGAACCCACCGCUUUCCCACACCUCACGGUUGGCUGUGACGGAGGCAGCGCUGGCAUCUUCCCAGGAGCCCGGGAGUCGGAGCCGCU